UUGCUUCACACAUCAGUUGAUACAUGGACUUUGACAUUACGUUCAUUGUGUACUGGCCAAUCGGUGGUGGGCCGUCGGCGCCUGUUUCAGUUGGUGAUGCUGAUGGCUUCAAGUUUGGCGACUUCUAGUCGGCGGUUCUUGGUUGGAGUCUGCUCUAUCCCUUUGUUUCGGCGAAACGUUCACGUAACAACGCCUUGCUGCUACUAUGUUGAAGGUUCGCAUGAACCCUUUGCUCCAAUUCCUGACCGCUUUCCCCGUUGGGCAACUUCUGGGGAGGACGCUUUCUCUCAUUUGAAAGAUGGAGCCAAGGUUUUCGUUCAUGGAGGAGCAGCAACCCCCUCUCUCCUUGUGAAAGAACUUCAUCAAUAUGUUAUGAGUAGGGGAAUCAAAGAUGUUCAAUUGUUUCACAUUCAUACUGAGGGCCCAUUUCCGUUUAACGAUCCAGAAUGCGCUGGUCAUUUUCGUACUAAUUCCCUUUUUACCGGUAGUAAUUGUCGGCAGGCUAUAAACGAAGGUCGAGCUGAUUUCACUCCAAUAUUUCUCAGUGAGAUUCCGCUUCUCUUCCGUCGCAAACAUGUGGAGUUGGAUCUGGCUAUUGUUAGUAUCACGCCUCCAGACAGGCAUGGGUUUUGCUCCCUUGGACCUAGUGUAGACGUUACCAGAUCAGCUAUUCAAAACGCAAAAUUCAUUGUUGGUCAAGUUAAUCCUCAUAUGCCACUAACACGCGGUGAUGCUAGCAUACACGUGAGUAAUAUUGGUGUUCUUAUGCACGGACCACAACCAUUGCACGAGACAAAAGCAAGGAAAAUUACUGAGGUCGAGCAGCGAAUUGGAAAGUAUAUUGCCGAGGAACUAGUUCCUGAUGGCGCUACAAUGCAGAUGGGCAUCGGGUCGAUUCCAGAUGCCGUUUUGUCUCAACUAACUAAUCACCAGCACCUUGGUGUGCAUACGGAGAUGUUUUCUGAUCGGCUAGUCGACUUAGUGAAACUCGGUGUAAUCACGAACUCCAUGAAGAAGAUGCGUCCCGGAAAGAUUGUCACUAGCUUUGUUAUUGGCACCAAGAAAUGCUUUGAUUUUCUUGAUAACAAUCCUUUUGUGGAUAUGUGCGAUAUUGCCUGGGUCAACUCGCCUGUCAUAAUUGCUCAAAAUCCUCGUCCCAUGGCAAUUAACUCAUGCAUUGAAGUCGACCUAACGGGUCAGGUGGUGUCUGAUUCUAUUGGGUCGCGAAUCUAUUCCGGUGUUGGUGGACAGGUGGACUUUAUUCGAGGUGCAGCUAUAUCGACUGACGGGGAGGGUAAACCUAUUAUUGCAUUGCCCUCGGUUACUUCGAAAGGGGAGUCAAAAAUUGUGCCCUUCUUGAAAGAAGGAGGUGGAAUUGUUACUACUCGCGCACAUGUUCACUAUAUCGUGACAGAGUUCGGAAUUGCCUAUCUGUUUGGACGGAAUCUGCGUCAGAGAGCUUACGCACUCAUCAAUAUCGCACAUCCUGAUCAUCGGGAAGCGCUAGAAAAGGCAGCUUUUGAACGGCUAAAAGUAAUGCCUUCGCCCGAUUAA